CACUGCCGGGCGGAGCCGGGGGCUGUCUGUGUCAGUGAACUCUACCACACAAAGGAGAGGAAACAAAACAAAGCCAGGAAGCCUGACAUUAAGUCGGAAUUCACUGCUUCUACUGUAGCUUUUGCUUUUCCCUUUGAAAAGCCCGUUUCCAAGACUUGGGACACCGCUGCUGCUGGGAGAGAGGAAAAUAGCACCUCUGGGUGAUGGUGAGACAACAAAAGAAGCAAAAUUAGUCUGUGUGCGCAUUGGAAAGUGAUUUUCUUUCCCUAUCGAUCCAUGCAGAAAGUGUGGCGUUACGUCUCCUGCUGAGUCAGCUGUCUGCUGUGCAGCGUCGUGAUGAACGGGAGUCGGUGGAGCGCGGCGGACUGUCCGGUGGGCGGUGUCUCCUCAGUGGAUGGGCUGCCUCCGCUGCCCAAAGGCCUGAGCGGCAUCCUGAACUCCAGCGGCGGGUCGUGGAGGGACAUCGAGAAGGUGCACAGCAAGAGAGCGCGCAUACAGGCCGACAUCAGCCGCGGUGGCGGGGACGCGCCGCGCGGUCACGGCAAACCGGGCGGACUGGACGCUGCUCUGGCUUUGCUGCGGAAAGAGAUGGUGGGUCUGCGUCAGCUCGACAUGUCUCUGCUGUGCCAGCUGUGGUCUCUCCAUGAGUCCAUCCAGGAGUACAAGGGCUCCUCGCUCCUGUCCGAGGCCUCGCUCGGUGCUGAUAAUGGAUCCUCUGAGGAGGAGGAUGAAGAUGAAGGGGAGACUGGAGUUCUCUCACAGCCUCCGUCCUCUUCGUCCUUGUCUCUGCCUCCACCCAACAGCAACUCCAGGGACCAGUGGAUCAAAGACUCUUUUCAUAUUCCCUGAUGAAGAUACACACACGCUCCAUGCGCUAUGUGCUGUUGAGACACCUUAUUUGACACCCUAUUUACACUAGUUAUUAUUCCAUACAUCUCUUAUCCAGAUUGUUUUUCUGGUUGUGGGCUUUUUUUUUUUUUUUUUUUUUACAGCAAAUCAAUUUCUCAGGGUAUCAGUAAUACCAGUUGACUGGCUGUUUAUUAGCUUUUAAUAUCGCACUACCUGUGUGCUUUAUUUCCCAUUGGUUGUAUAUCUCAGCAGAAAUAACGCCAACUACAAGAGGAAAAUAAUCAAGACAGACAAGUAAGAACAGAUGUUAACAGCUUUUUGCUUUUUUUUUUAUAAUCUUCGUGCUACUACAUGCUGCUGUCUUGUUACUGAAUUUGAUUUAUGUGGAAUAUUUCUAUAAUUAUUGUAUAAUCAGGUAUGAUUCCUCUUUUGAUACAUCUGAUCCCUGUUUGUGGUUUCCUGAUAAUUCCAGACUUUUCAGACUCCCUGUUCUGUAAAUCGAGCAGGAUAAUCUUUCCUAUCACACAGUAUUCUGCCAUUAAGUGUCUUGACUGAAGAACAGAAGUGCUGUCAAUCAAUAAUUUGUGUUCUCUUUCAUUGUAUGAGCAUUUGACACAGUAUACACACUUCUUGCCCAAAAAUGAGGAGCAAUUAUUUUGAAAAUGAAAAUUUUUGAAAAUC